UAUAAAAAUCAGUGACUCGUCUUACAAGUUGAGUCCACAUUCUAUUUUGGCUCUUUUGGGAACACUGCUAGGCGUUCGUAAUCCCAACUAGGGUUGGGAAUCCUCGUCCCGAUUCGGUCUCGUUGUUCCUCCAAUUCAUCGAUUCUGGUUCAGGAAGUGGGUGAUUCAGUAUGGCUGAAGUAAAGUCUUCAGGGAGACCUAUUGAUCAGUUGAUUGAGAAGGUCCUGUGCAUGAAUAUACUUUCCUCUGAUUACUUCCGUGAUCUUUUGAGACUGAAAACAUAUCACGAAGUGAUUGAUGAGAUUUAUGUUACUGUCACUCAUGUGGAGCCCUGGAUGACUGGAAACUGCCGGGGGCCGUCGACUGCAUUCUGCCUUCUUUACAAGUUCUUCACCAUGAAACUCACUGUCAAACAGAUGCAUGGCUUGUUGCAGCACCCGGAUUCCCCUUAUAUAAGAGCAAUCGGAUUUCUUUACUUAAGAUAUGCUGCAGAUCCAAAGACAUUAUGGGGUUGGUAUGAACCAUACCUGAAAGAUGAUGAGGAAUUCUCUCCGGGUUCUGAUGGCCGAAUGACUACAAUGGGUGUGUAUAUUCGCGAUGUACUUCUCGGACAGUAUUACUUUGACACACUUUUCCCCCGCAUCCCUGUUCCUGUCUUGCGAACUAUUACAUCGAAACUUGAAAGUAUGAAAUUGCCCACAAAACUUUGUGGAGUUACUGGUGAGAACACCCGCGGAUCCGAUGAGACUGCAAGGAGGCCACCGUCUGUCAAAGCUUCACUUUCAGUCUCCUUUGGUCAGCGUGCUCCCCAUCGCGCAUCAACCCGGGAUUCUUCACCAGUUCGUCGUGCUGUAACUCCUUCACGAGGGAGAGAUGACAACGGAAGGAGGUCACCCUAUAACCGUGAUUUACCUGAUCGAGAUUAUCCAGACAAGGGCAGGGGCAGGGAAAGAGACAGGGACCAUAUCCGAGAUAGAGAGAGGGAUCGAGAAAGGGACAGGAAUCGAGACAGGAGGUCUCGAGACGGCCAUUAUGAUCGAAGGAGUCGAGGUAGUUCCCGCAGAAGCCGGAGUAGAAGCCGGAGCAGGAGCAGGAGCAGAAGUCGAAGUGUUUAUGAUCGCGAUCAUACGAGCUCUAGCACUUUCGAACACAGCAACAGGGAAAAGACAUCGGCAUCCAGUAAUCUGGCAAAGCUUAAAGAUUUAUACGGCGACUUGACCGGGAAUAGUCGGAAGGAGGAAUCGGGUAAGGACAAGGAGCCGAUUGGCGCCAGCGGCACAGAGGAGGUGAUCAGACUCGGCGGCUGUUCAUGGAGGUAAAAAAAGUAAAAAACCAUCUCUUUUUAUCUCUACAACUCUACUCUGGCCCAGUCAGUCAGCUUAAUUUCAUGUUUAAUGCAUCAGAGGAUUGUUGAAUGACUGCUUAUAGACAUAUAAUUAUUGUAAGCUACUUUGUAAUUUGAUACCAAAUUAUCAAGUUUGUGUCAUUUUGGCUUA